UUCGAGAGUGUUACAUAGAAGCUCUUUCACCUUCCAACUUGCCAUGGCGGUUCGUGCUUUUCAGAGGCGAAUAGCCUCCUUCUUAUGCCAUUGUAAUCUCCCUCAGAACCCUCUUCUAAAAGAACCCUAUUGGCAAUUUCCUCCUUUUGCCGCUACCUUCCUUAGCCGAUAUGAGUUCUGCAAAAGAGGCAUUCAGACGCAGAAAGAGCCAAUCAGCCCUGCCGGUGAAGAUUUGCAGGAGGAGGAUUCUGUAAGCGUGAGACUGACUUCGGAUUCCGUUAAUGUUCCCUCACGAACAGAUAGUACCACCUCUGCUUCUGAUGUGAAGUACUCUGCUGCGUCCAACUUGAGAGCGUCUCCAAGACAUGAUCUUGCCAUGAUCUUCACCUGCAGGGUCUGCGAAACGAGGUCUGUCAAGACGGUCUGUCGAGAAUCAUAUGAGAAAGGAGUGGUGGUGGUGCGGUGUGGCGGAUGCAAUAACCUCCACCUGAUGGCCGAUCACCUUGGGUGGUUUGGAGAACCGGGAAGCGUCGAGGAGUUUCUUGCUGCUAGAGGGGAGGAGGUGAAGAAGGGAAGUAGUGACACAUUGAGUCUCACUCUUGAAGAUUUAGCCGGGAAGAAACCCGGAGAGUCUAAAUUUUGAUUAUUAAAUAGUGCUAAAGAGGUUUUUUUAUUUUUUUUUUAUUUUUUUUUUUAGCGUUAAAGUGGUUUGGAAAAAUUGAAAACCUGUUUGGUUUGGCAGAAACUUGGUGAUAUCGUUAUAUAGCUUCAGCAUCAACUUUGGGGGGGGGUUUA